AUGUGGCCAGGGAUUCUUGACGAAGCAAAACAUGGAGGUUUAAAUGUGAUCCAAACUUACGUGUUUUGGAACAUUCAUGAGCCUGAGAAAGGCAAGUUUAUAAUGGAAGGGCGGUAUGAUCUGGUAAAGUUCAUCAAGCUCGUUCAAGAAAAAGGAAUGUAUGUAACCCUCAGGGUUGGGCCUUUCAUCCAAGCUGAAUGGAAUCACGGAGGAUUGCCAUUUUGGUUAAGAGAGGUCCCUGGCAUUAUAUUCCGCUCUAACAAUGAACCCUUUAAGACGCAUAUGAAAGAAUACGUAUCAACUAUUAUAGGAAAGAUGAAAGAAGAGAAGCUCUUUGCUCCCCAAGGAGGCCCCAUCAUCUUAGCACAGAUAGAGAAUGAGUACAACCAUAUCCAACUUGCUUAUGAAGAGGACGGAAUUAGUUAUGUCCAAUGGGCUGCAAAAAUGGCAGUGGCACUGGAUGCUGGAGUUCCAUGGCUCAUGUGCAAGCAGAAGGAUGCUCCUGAUCCAGUGAUUAAUGCAUGCAAUGGAAGGCACUGCGGUGAUACCUUCACAGGCCCAAACAAACCUUACAAGCCUGCCAUAUGGACUGAAAACUGGACUGCUCAGUACAGGGUGUUUGGAGAUCCACCAUCCCAAAGAUCUGCAGAAGACAUUGCCUUCUCAGUUGCCCGCUUCUUUUCUAAGAAUGGGUCUUUGGUCAACUACUACAUGUAUCAUGGUGGGACAAACUUUGGUAGAACAACCGGUGCCUUUACAACAACCAGAUAUUACGAUGAAGCUCCUCUUGAUGAGUUUGGUCUACGUAGAGAACCAAAAUAUGGUCACUUAAAGGACGUGCACAGGGCUUUGAACCUAUGCAAGAAGGCCAUGUUCUCGAGUCAGUCUAAAGUCAAUAAAAUUAGCCAAUAUCAUGAGAUUAUAGUUUUUGAGAGGCCAGGAAGUAAUACAUGUGCUGCUUUCAUCACUAACAACCACACCCAAACUCCAGCAACUAUAAACUUCAGAGGUUCGGAGUAUUAUUUGCCACCACGCUCCAUCAGCAUCCUCCCUGAUUGCAAGAAUGUGGUCUUCAACACUCAAAAUAUUGUUUCACAACAUAAUAUAAGAAACUACAAGAAGUCAAAGACAGCAAACAAUCAUAAGUGGGAGGUUUUUAAUGAGCCCGUUCCAACUACCAAGCAAACCAAAUUCGAUUCAAAAGUUAAAGUUCCUGCAGAGCUUUAUAGCUUGCUUAAAGACACCACAGACUAUGGAUGGUACACCACAAGCGUGGAAUUGGGUCCAGAAGACUUGUCAAGGAAGACUGAUGUAUCCCCCGUUCUUCGUAUAAUGAGUCUUGGUCACUCAUUGCUUGCUUUUGUAAAUGGAGAAUUCGUUGGGUCCAAUCAUGGUAGCCAUGAGGAGAAAUCUUUUGAAUUCCAGAAACCUGUAAAAUUCAAGGUUGGAACUAACCAGAUAGCUAUCUUAGCUUCCACAAUGGGACUCCCCGACAGUGGAGCAUACAUGGAGCAUAGGUUUGCUGGACCCAAGUCUAUAACCAUCCUUGGUCUUAACUCGGGAAAAAUUGAUCUCACUAGUAAUGGAUGGGGUGUACAGGUUGGUCUCCAAGGCGAGAAGCAAAGCAUUUUCACUGAGGAAGGUGCAAAGAAAGUGGAAUGGAAGGAGGUGAAGGGAUCUGGAACAACUCUCUCCUGGUACAAGACAAAAUUUGAAACCCCAGAGGGAAGGGAUCCUGUUGCCAUCAGGAUGACUGGUAUGGGGAAGGGAAUGAUUUGGAUCAAUGGUGAAAGCAUUGGUCGUCACUGGAUGAGCUACCUCUCUCCUCUUGGAAAGCCUACUCAGUCAGAGUACCACAUCCCAAGAAGUUUCCUCAAUCCAAAAGACAACUUACUUGUUAUAUUUGAGGAAGAGGUAGCAAAUCCUGAAAACGUUGUUAUCUUAAAUGUGGACAGAGAUACAGUAUGCAGUUUCAUUACAGAGAAUUAUGCACCAAAUCUGAAGUCAUGGGCAAGUAAGAGCGGCAAAUUCCAUGCUGUUGUGGAUAAUCUGAAGCCAGCAGCUUCAAUCAAGUGUCCAAACGACAAAACCAUUUUGGCUGUAGAGUUUGCAAGCUUUGGUGAUCCUUCGGGUUUCUGUGGAAGCUUUUCUGUGGGCAAAUGUAAUGCACCUUCCGCUACGAAGAUUGUUGAGCAGCAUUGUCUACGAAAAAAUGCUUGUUCAGUUCCAGUGGACAAGGCACUCUUUAACAUGGGUCAAGAUGAAUGCCCAAGUGUGAUGAAGGCACUUGCAAUCCAAGUGAAGUGUGGCUAUUAG